CCAUUAUUACACAUUUCAUUCUUAAUUUUAAUCAACGGUUUUAGUUUCCCUUAUUUUGAAAUGGCUGACCGGAACUUGGUGUUUAACCGCUGCUGGAGCUUCACCAGCUCCAUCUGCGCUUGACUGUGUUAUAAGGUGAGCACAUUUUAGUUUGGAGCGGACUGUGAAAACCCAAGACUGGAACCAGAGGGGGUCUCAGGUGGAGACUCGAGUCCUAAUUAUCUGCGCACCUGCGCGUUCACGGCAGAGGCGCAGACACAUGUGGGAUCAAUUUACCCCUGAUUACUGAGCCACAGAGAGGAAGGAGAGAGGAGUUUGAGUGACUUGGCUGCGCGUCAGGCUCUGGAGAUGCUGCUGCUCUAAUGUGUUAAAGUAAAACCAGUGGAGAGGCAUUCAAGUCAAUUCGUUAUUUCCUCUUCCUUUUUUUUUCCCGCUGCGCGUUUUUUUUCCCGCUGCGAUACCCUUCACGGCUGAGGGACCGACGCGGCUGCGGCUGAACCACCACCGGUCAUCUUUGGAAUGUUUCUUCUCCUCCUCAUCCAUCCAUCCUCCUCCUCCUCCUCCUCUCAGCUCCUCUCUCCUUAAAUACAUCCACAGAAGUCGUUGCCAGCCGAGACACAGCGGCGGUGCGGAACCGCCGGGCGCGUUUGUCUUCGCCGCUCCACCGCUGCUUUGCGCAAGGAAUUCCGUCCGUGAAUUUCGGACACAUCGCACAGUGUCUCACCCAGACUUCCCAAAUCCUGCCACACACUCCCCAGGGAAGUGGUGCAGCUGGCGGUGUUCGCUGUUGGCGUUGGAGACGCAGCAUUCCUGUGUUUGUCUCCGGCCAGGUUGACGCGCGUCAUCCUCCACUAAUGUCCACUGAUUUACGGCUUCCGCGCAUGGACUUGGAUCAAGCUGAGGAGCAGCUGUGUGACUUCCCCUCGACACUCGUGUAACUUUCUUCUCCUGUGUAAAUGGGAAGGUGACACUGUGUGAUUUUCUUUUUUUGGGGGGGGCGGGAGGUUGGAGAAGACACAUCGCAGGGACUGUGGAUGGACUAUUGAGGACAAUCUGAGGGACACGCACAGAUUCCUAUCUCUCUGUUGCGCAUUAUCCAACUUCAGCUUUCAGGGAGAAGCUGCAACAGCGUCGCGUUGGAAGGAAAAGCUUUGGAAGAUUUUACUCCUCUAUCCAACAACUGGGAUUUAACGCCUGCCAUCUGGGAUUUCUACCAUGUCAAGUGCACGGGAUUUCAAGUGGAGCCUGGUCAUCUGUGUGGCGGCGCUCUCAUAUGCCCUGGCAGGUAAAAUCUUUCCCACCAGCUCCGAUCUCCUCCUCAGCUCCUCAGCGAUGACGUCCAGUCCGUCACCUCCUAACCUCUACCUCCCUGCCAACUUCAAGAUGUCCAACGCCCAGCUGGCCUUCUUCCUGAGGGAAGUCCAGAUGACAGGACAGACAGUUGGUGGUGGUGGUCGGAGCAGUGGCGGCGGCGGUGGUGUCUCCAGCUCCUCUGGACAUCCUCUGCAGCGAGCUGAGAGUUUUGUGGUUUUCCAAACUAAAGACCUCCCUGCCAUCAACAUCAGCUUUGGGCCUUAUGCCCGGGACCAGGCUCUGUCCAAAGAGCUGCUUCAGCCGGCGAGUCCGCUGGAUAUUCCUGGACAGCUGACAGUGAACUGGAAGGUGCGGGCCUUCAUCGUCCAGGCCCGGGUCUUCUCCAACAACCCCACGCUGCAGGUGUUCUUCUACAUUGCCGGUCGGGAUUGGGACGACUUUAAGGCUCAGGACAAGCUCCCCUGCGUCCGUUUGCAUGCCUUCAGGGACGUCCGUGAAAUUAAAACCUCCUGUCGUAUGAAAGGGAACUUGGCGCAGUGUUUGGCUCAGCUGGACCUGCCUCCAUCCUGGUUUAACACCAACGUGGCUCCGUUGGGCCGCAGGAAGGGCUCAGGUGACGGGAUGUUGGAUGGAUUAACCAGCGAGACAUUACAGGCUGAGCUUUACUACACCCUCCAUGAGCCGAACCUGGAAGGAGAGUGCAGUGAUGGGUUAGGUUUCAGAGGAGGUGGAGGUUCUUCCAGGGGAGAACCUCUGUCACAGCACCCCCUGCUGCGCAUCGGCAGCAUCAGCCUGUACCAGGCCAACCAGGAGCAGUUGCUGGUGGACAAGCAGCUGGACAAGAACAUGUUCCUCAGGCUGCCUGAGAAACCUCUCAAACCUGGGGAGACGUUGAAGAUCUCUCUGUACCUGAUGCCCAACUCCAGCGUGGAGUACUUCAGCCUCAAGGUCAAAGCAAAGAAAGGGGUGAACCUGCUGCAGACCAAGUCCAAGAACGCUCAGUGGAAGGUGGACUGGGAGGUCCAGUCUGGAGCCAAACACUCCAUCACUACCAUCGAGGUGAACAAGAACAAAGGCGUCAAAGCAGGAGACGUUUUGAGCAACGUGGAGGUGAUGCAGUUGGAUUUUGAGAUGGAGAACUUCACCAGCCUCUCAGUGACCAGGAGAAUCAACUGGAACAUCGACUACAAGAACCAGAACCCGUCCCCUGAGUCAGAGAAGGUGGUGACGGAGUUGACUGUGGUGCAGCGGGACAUUCAGGCCAUUAUUCCUCUGGCCAUGGACACUGAGAUCAUCAACACUGCCAUCCUGACCGGACGCACCGUGGCCAUUCCUGUGAAGAUGGUGUCCAUAGAGAUGAACGGAGCCGUGACCGACGUCUCUGCCUCGGUGCAGUGCAAGUCGUCCAAUGAAGACAUUGUUAAGGUUUCCAUGAAUUGUGACUAUGUCUUCGUGAACGGGAAGGAGACGCGGGGCUCCAUGAAUGCCAGAGUCAUCUUCAGCUACGAGCACCUAAGCACACCACUGGAGCUGACGGUGUGGGUGCCUAAACUACCCCUGCAGGUGGAGCUGUCCGACUACAACCUUAGCUUCAUCAAAGGCUGGAGGGUUCCAAUUCUGCCCGACAGAAGGAGCACUAGGGACAGCGAUGCAGACGAGGAUGACGACGACCGGCGGGUGAGUCGAGGCUGCACCCUGCAGUACCAGAGAGCACUGGUCAAAGUUCUGACCCAGUUCCACACCACCUCCACUGAGGGAACCGACCAGGUUAUCACCAUGCUGGGGCCCGACUGGCAGGUGGACGUCACAGAUCUGGUCCAGGAUUCCCUGAAGGUGGCCGACCCUCGGAUCGCAGAGCUGGUGGACAGGACCAUCCUGGUGGGAUUGGAGCUGGGGUCCACUGCGCUGAAGGUGGAGUCUCCGCUGGCCGUGGAAGCUGUCCUUGGAGAGUCGGCCUUCUCAGUCACAGAUGAAAAAGUUUCCAUCACAGAGAUGCGAGUCCAUGCCGUCUCAGGUCUGACUCUGUCUCUGCAGCCCAGCCCAGGAAACAGUCACACCAUGGUGGCCAAAGCCACUGGUCUGCAGACACUCACAGCGCCUAAACAGGAAGCAACUUUUUCCAUUUGGAUGCUUUUCAGCGACAACACCGCGGCCACACUGAUGUAUUACGACCCCAAAGACUACAACUUCAACGCCUCCACGCUAGAUGACAAGGUGGUGUCCAUAUCCCAGGAGCCUCAGCAACGCUGGCCUGUGGUGGUGGCAGAAGGCGAGGGCUCUGGAGAGUUGGUACGAGUAGAAAUGACAAUCUGUGAGGCCUGCCAGAAGACCAAACGCAAGAGCGUCAUCGCCUCUGCUGCGGUGUCUGUCAAAGUUCGCUUCGGCCCUGAGGAAGAUUCAGAGGAGGAGGCGACCACUGAAGGCGAGAUUGAGCUAAUACCUGUCACCAGGCGUCCGUACCUUGAUCCGAGCUACAAUGGAAGAGUUUACGACACUUCCAACGAGCAGCCUGCCAGCGUUCCCAUUGAUUACACCAACUUUCCCACAAUAAGCAAUCAAGAGCAGCCAACUGAGAGCGAUGCGGAAGAGGAAGAAGAAGAUGACGACUUUGUACAUUCACGUCGCAACAUGACCGACUUGGAGAUUGGCAUGUACGCUCUGCUGGGAGUCUUCUGCUUGGCCAUUUUGGUCUUUCUCAUUAACUGUAUUGUUUUUGUGCUCAAGUACCGUCACAAGCGGAUCCCCCCAGAGGGUCAGGCCAACAUGGACCACUCACCCCACUGGGUGUUCCUGGGGAACGGGGAGCCGCUGAGGGCUCAGUGCGAUCUGUCCCCGCAGCAGAUGGAAAGCCCCGGUAACCCUCUGGAGACUGUACAGACUUGUUGUCAUGGAGACCACCACAGCAGUGGCAGUUCCCAGACCAGUGUGCAGAGCCAGGUGCACGGGCGUGGAGAUGGCAGCUCAGGUGGCUCCACAAAGGAGAAUGGCGAUGAUGCAAGCUCACCCACCUCCAAGCGCAAGAGAGUGAAGUUUACCACUUUUACCACCCUGCCCACAGAAGAGCUGCCCUACAACUCCAUCCCCAUCGCAGACGAGGAGGACAUUCAGUGGGUUUGCCAGGAUAUGGGCUUUCAAGACCCCGAGGAACUACACGACUACAUGCGCAGAAUAAAAGAAAUAGCCUGAGCUGGGCGGCCUUGGCUUUCUUAAGACACCCUCCUUUCUAUUUUCCCUCUUUUUCACCUGUGUGAAAUGAUUUUUCACAAACUUAAAAGGCAAACUCUCGUUUUGGUCAAGGUUGGUCCCAUUUAGUUAGUUGAGUUCAUAUGAUGUUCACGUAGGAAGAGGACACAGGAAGCCAAAGACUAAACCGGAGGAUAUAGAUCACUGAAUGAUACUGUAAAUUUUAGCUCCAGGAAAUACGUCACAAUUGAGAACUGCACCUUGGAAAUGUGCAAAUCUGAUUUAAGGAAAAGCCUCACAUGGACAUGUGGAGCUCGGCAGGUGUUUGGCUCUGGACGUCUCUUUGGCUCACUGGCACACUGCAGUUCUUUACUGUAGCUAUGCCAAACUAAGAGGCCUUUGAUGAACAAUAACAGAAAACAUUGAAAGAUUCUUGUGGGAAAUUAAAAAGAAAAAAGUUAUGUUACAAAAAAUAAUUUUUGUUUUUGCCAAAGUAGAAAAGUUGUUCUUUUUUUUUUGGCAAAACCCUUUCAUUGUUGUUGUUCUUGGUGCAGCACACUCAUGAUUUGUACCCAUUCCAAACGUUUGUCCACAUUUCACCCAUCGUCCACAAGCAGUGCCCGCCAACUCAGUCCUGCCCCCUUCUGGUCCUGUUCCCUAUCCAAUCAAAUGCCUUAUCAAAAAUGGUCAGAGUUCACUUUAUCAGAUUGUUGUGUUCCUCACUUUUUGUCUUGAAUCAGUCGGUACGUUUACAUGCAUGUUUGGGUUGAGGUACCUGUUAGUUUAACUGAGUUAUCUUUAGUUGGGUUACGCCCUGGUCCAUGGUCUCCUGGUCUCAUUACUGUAAGUCCUCUGUUGUCCUGCUGGAGCGGGUUGAGUCUUGUUGACCUGUUGGUACAUCUUGCUUUGUUUUGCUUUCCCUGCUGGUUUAUAUAAUUUGGACAGAUAUGGACCGCUGCUGAACUGCAAGCAGUGCAUUAACUGUCACUGGGCCAAAACAACUUUGCCACCGGCCCAAUUGAUGUUGGCAGCAUGAGAACAAAGUGAUUAUUACCCUGAGUGUUCACUGGGGAAGUUAUGUGGGCUACUAAUUGCUGCCAAUGGUUCUGCAAGAACAUGGGCGUUGGGCUUGGCCCAUAAAUCCAUGAAUGACUCGUUUUUCUACAUAGAGCGUUCAAGUCCUUGGUGGGCAGAGGCAGACGACCGAUUGGCUGAGGAAAUGUUGGUUGUGACACUAGGCCAUAGCAUAUUUGGUAUCCUGGUAUUACGGAAACUAGGCAAAGACAAAUACUGCUGAAAGGUCAUAAAAGAACAUGGACAGAACAAUGGAUGUCCAGUUCUAUACCAAGCUUUUGCAGGUCCCUACAGGCAUGUGCCAUCUACUGGUUGGGUCUUGUUAAGUGCAGGCUUAGAGUUAUGGUUCACUGGCUAACUGAACCAGUGUUUGAAUGUUUUCCUACUGGAUUUCCUUUAUUUACCGAUGUUUGUUUACGACCCUCAGUGCAGGCUUAUGUAUUAGUUUGUGCCACAUGAUGGAGAUGAAUGCAGUGCCCUUGACUAACAACAACAAGGUCAUUGGUUCAACCCCCGUAGAUGCUGGUAUUUUGUGAAUGCAGUUUGCAGUUUUCUCCAGGUACUACUACAUUUUUCUUCCACAGUCAGUUAAAAGAAUAAAACAUUAUUGGGAUUUUUUUCUCUACAAACGGACCAUACUGUGAACUGGACUCCCUGUAUGAUGACUGCUGGGAUUGGCUCCAGCGCCCAACACAACUCUGGAAAAGAUUAAGCCAUAGAAGAUUGAUGGCAAAUACUUUAAUUCUAGGCUUUUCAGUUACGUCAUGUAAACGUAAUGAGUGUAGCUCUGACGUUGAGUACCACCACUCAUCUCCAGCAUGAGCCUCCAAGAGUCUGCAUGGCAGGGCAAUCUAGGGGCACAAUUAGCCUUUCUGGUUUUUGUUUUUUUUCCUUUCCCAAAAAAGAAAAAAAAAUGUAAAUGUUUGUACCGUAGGUAUUUAACCAUUCAUACACACCACAGAAGCAUGCCAUGUUAUCAGGCCUACACGCACACAUUCCUCUCUAGUGUAUUGUGUAUAUACAGUAUAUAUAUAUAAUCGUAUGAACGAGAGAAAGCGAGAGUCACCCAAGGUGUAAACUGCUGUUGUCCAAGCAGGAGGCUGCCGAGCUGAUGUGCUAAAUAUUUUACAGUGAGUGAGGAGGCGGGUCCUGAAAAAAGUGUUGCUUUUUUAACCGCCUAGUAUCACAUCUGAUUGUCAAACAUGAGGAUUUGCUUUGCCUCAGAACCCUGAAGGUGAGACAGGAAUAGCCUUUAUAUUCUCUUCUACAGUUGAAGCCGGGUCUGUUUUUUGGAGGAGUAAUGUUUUUGUACGGUCAGAAACAAGGAUGAUCAGAUUGAUUUUCCCUCAUCAUUUGAACAAUCAUGGUCAUUCCAUGUUGUCAUGCUGUUGUUUUUUCAUCACCGUGUGGUUUAGAAGUAUGAGUGGAAAACAGUGGUGCUGCAAAAGGUACAUGCAAAAUGCCCCCGGUGAGGCGAAAACGAAAGAUGGUCCAUUUGUGACAAUUUGGUCCCUUAAAAACUAUUGUGGCCCACAUUUGGUAAUUUUUA